UCAUCUAUUCCCACACUGCCUCACAUCGUGUGAGGGCUGUUUCUGUUGAUAUUUCACCGGGAUCCCGGGCAUUUACACGCAGUAGCUGCACCGGACGCCCCUGCUCCUCAUGGUGUGAAUGACGCUGGAUUAUAACGAGACAUCAUCCUCACCAUCAUCAUCAUCAUCAUCAUCACCAGCAGCAUCACUAUAGUGUCUGAUGGGGCUUCGAUGAGCAGGGGGAGAGGAGGAGAGACGCGCACCGUCAUCAGCAUCUGUCCGCCAGCUCCCUUUGUGCUCACCGGAGAAUGUGAAUGGCGAAAGAUGACAUGGCAGAGGUAGAGCUGGCCCCGAGCGGAGCGGAGCCCCCCGGCGAGGCCCCCUCGGCGUUUCCCUACGAGGAGUACGAGUGCAAGAUCUGCUACAAUUACUUCGACCUUGACCGCCGGGCCCCGAAGAUCCUAGAGUGCCUGCACACGUUCUGCGAGGAGUGUCUGAACACGCUGCACCUCCGGGAGGAGCGGCCAUGGCGCAUCAGCUGCCCCGUCUGUCGCCACCGCACCCCGGUGCCGGACUACCGGAUACAGAACCUGCCCAACAACACCAAGGUGACGGAGGAUUUCCCGCUGUACAUCGACUCGGACCCGCUGCCCCAGGACGCCCUGCCGCCCUACCCGCCGCGGCUGCACCCGGCCCUCGUCGCGCUCCGCCGGGAGGAGGCGUCGGGGGCGUACAGCACCAGCCAGGCGACGCCGUCCACCACCGUGUCCACCGCCACGACCCUCUCCCAGGACUCGGUGCGCUACGACAGCUGCCAGAGCUGCAAGCGGGUGGCGCUGACCACCGGCUGCGUGUGCGUGAUCUUCUCCUUCCUGUCCAUGCUGGUGUUGCUCUUCAUGGGCCUGAUCUUCGUGCACAGCCACAGCAUCCCCGCCUCGCCGGCGGGACCCAUUUGCUUGUCGGUGGCCAGCAUCCUGGCGAUGUUCUCGGUGGUCGUCACCUGGCUCAUCUGCUGGCUCAAAUACAGACCGGACCAUGAGACUGGCCGCUCGUCCGCCACCAGUAACUCCCGGAGAAACGCCUGACAGGCUGUGGGUGGAGGUUGUUGUGCUGUGGCUGUUUGAUCAUGUACAUAAUAUACUGACAACUGAUGCUCCUGCUCCCUUUACUUUUCUAGGAAUAAUUUCUCGUCCAGAAUGGCCUUGAAUCAGUAUAGCAAACACCCAAAGGCCUUCAUGUUGUUUAGAGCAAUAGGCCGACAUGAUCCUUGAUAAUCUCUACGUAAUAUGCACUUCAAUUUGCAGUGGGCCCAGUUGACUGAUGGGCAUCUCGACAAGUGAACUCAAGGCUUAGAUUUGAUGACUGAAUGUGAAGUGCUCAUUUCCAGGGUUUGACACUCUCCUCUCCCCAUCCUGCUAAAUGAUAUGCAUAUCCCCCUAUGCCACUCCUUGUAUGAUAACUGUCCAUGACGAUUUCACUCUUAUAUCUCAACAAAGCACUAUUGUGUUGUACCGAUAUUUGACAAUGUUCACUUCUGAGUUUUCAGGAGAGUGUUGUUGUUGUUUUUUUUCCGGAGACUUGUGUGUUUUUGUGAAAAAGCCUCUGAAAUGUUGCAAAGAAUCCAUAAUCCAAACUGUAAAUAGUCAACAGGGAAGCGAUGAGCAGUACUGGAUAGGUGUGACCAGCUUGUCUCCAAGACCUUCCUGAUCCUUGUGCUUUAAUUUACCUAACAGAAUGGCACUUCCAUUGUGAGGACGAAAACUGCACCUCCUCCAGCAAAGGGACACUGAAGGACAGCUUGUGAUUUUGAACUUGUGUUUUGCGCAUGUUAGGCUACUGGAAGGUCAAGGCCUUUUGUUUUUCCUUGUCUUGUUUUAAAUGGAAGGGACAGUGCAUGUCCCCGACUCCUGUGCCUCACCACCUCAUUGCUGAACGAAGCAAAACUUCACUGUUAUCACGAUCAAACUCACGCUCGGGCCUCCCACCACCGACAGCACCCAGCAUGAGGCGUCGACAGGGAUUUUCCUCCUCCUGUCACAAUACGUAGGCCACACAUUGGUUGUGGAAAACAGGGUUUCCGACGCAAAGCGACUUUUUAUUCUUAGAAAAAAAAGAUACAAAUAAAUAGAUGUGUGUCUAACAACGUAAAAUAAUAAGGUAUAAAUCCACUUUCAGCUAUUUCCAACUUCCAACUCAGUCCUCUGCUUCCUUUAGGGCAGCAUGUGAUGAUUAAUUGAUACUUAUUUACAGGUCGGACAACAUGAUUCUUAGAAUCUAUCAGCAGUCAUUAUUACCUAUGGCCACAUGUGUGGCAGAUUAGUGGUACCUUACUGUAGUGGCCACAGUUAAGUCCUUCAUUAACACAAAACAAAUAUUGGAUUUAACUAAACUAGAUCUUAAUAUAAUGAGGUUUUAUAUAGAUUUUGUUCUCUCAGGCCGGUUUGUCCAAAAAUACUGAUCUAACUUUUCAGGGGAAUUAGCUUCAGACAAAUCAAUGCAAUCCAAAAAAUAGCUAAACCCCAAGGGCCUAUAGUGAGUUGGCUUCUAUAUAACUGUGAAUUGGUAGUAAAUUGUGUGUGUCCUGCUACAGUCUAUUUAAUGUAUUUAUACUGGAUUCUUAUUGGGCAUAAAGUGAUACCUUACUUUUGGUGUGGUGUCAGGACCCCCAUUAUUGACAAGUGUGUGUCCGAGGAGCAAGUGAGUCCCACUCACAGACCUUCCUCACAGCAUUUAAUGAAGAAUCCGGGUAGGAUUCAGACACCAAAGUGCUCUCAGACGAGCACCCGCCCUUGCACACUCUUGGUAUCGCUGUACCUCAUUGCACAGGGGGAUAAAUAGACAGUUCCAAAUGAUUCCCUAACCCUCAUCCCCACUCCAAGUCUGAUUCUCAUGCUUGCUUCAAUCAUCCCGCUCAACCUUUCUCCCACUCAACUUCUAAAUGAUGCACUUUCCCCCCUUAUUAGACACGAGUAACGGGGUACACCUUUGACUAAUGUCCGCAUAUUGUAUUUACUUCAGAGGACCUAGACGAUGUCGUUGGUUUUUAUGAGAAUCCGUGGUUGUUGUUAAAAGUACCAAAUGUAUUUGCACAGAGAACUGUUCUUGGUGUGCUGUUUUACAUUCAUAAACACAUUUCAGUAAUAAAGAAAACAUGAACACCCACAGCUGUCAUUAGUUCUCUUGUGACAACAGAGC